ACACAGUAGCCGGGGUCGCGCACCGCUACUUCUCUUACUACUACGACAAACCUAUGGUCACGUUUCUACUACAUCUCUCUCUCCUUCCUUCUCUCUAUCUAGCGCGACGUCUGCUGCCCCGUUCUACAGUUCAUCUGGUUCCCGUGUAACAGACAGACAUGUUGGUGAUUUUAACCUUCAUCCUCCUCUUCCACGUCAUCUCAGUCAUCCUCCUCUUCAUCAGCACCAUCAACAAUGCAUGGUGGGUGGCGUCUGCUCCAGGAGGCAACGUGAUUUACACUGACCUGUGGUACUCCUGUAACGUAACAUGUCUCCCUGUCAAGAACAGCGCUUCCACUGACGCAGUCUAUCUACAGGCUGUCCAGGCCACUAUGAUCCUGUCCACAAUCCUCUGCUGCGUGGGUUUCUUUGUGUUCAUCCUUCAGCUCUUCAGACUGAAACAAGGAGAGAGAUUUGUCUUUACAGCCAUCAUCCAGCUACUGGCUAGUCUGUGUGUGAUGAUCGGAGCAUCCAUCUACACAGCGGAGAGGGAGAGUUUUACGGAGGAGUCUCUAAGGAAGGGAGGAUAUGGUUCAUCCUACGUCCUGGCCUGGAUUAGUUUCCCCAUGACUGUCAUCAGUGGACUCAUGUAUCUGGUGCUGAGGAAACGCAAAUAAAACACUCGUAUCUCUACAAGACACAAACACGUUAUAAUUGAACAGAGGAAGUGUGUAAACUAACAGUCUAUUAGCUAACUCUAAACAUGCUGUUGUUAAGAGCGGCUGUUUUAAAAGACGUUUUCUCCACACUGUGUGGUUGGAAUGAGACUGACGUAUCAGCCUGUUUUUUUUUUGUAGGAUUGUCUGCCGGCCCAUCUGUCCGUCUGUCUGCCUCCCUCCCCGCCGGCCUGUCCGUCUGCCUCCCUCCCUGUCCAUCUGUCUGCCUCCCUCCCUGCCGGCCUGUCCAUCUGCCUCCCUCCCUGUCCAUCUGUCUGCCUCCCUCCCUGCCGGCCUGUCCGUCUGCCUUCCUCCCUGUCCGUCUGCAUCCCUCCCUCCCUGCCUGUCCGUCUGUCUGCUUGCCAGUCUAUCUGGUGAAAGACGCUGAGGUUAAUAUCGAGGACAUUAAAGAAUAGGGGAAUAAGGACGAUCCACUAUCUAACUGGAAUAAAAACAGAAUGGAAUCCACUAGAA